AUGGCGAUGAUGACGAUGGAUUCGCAGUCCGAACUAAUGCAACAGUGUUAUCAGUUGUUAAAAGUGAUUCAUCAAUAUCUGUGUGAAGAUGAUCACUACAUGGGUCGUACGCUUGAAGACCCAGCAAAAGAUGCCGAAAGUGAGGCGUGUGAUCGAAUCUAUUUAAACGUGACUCCCGGUGACUCCCGCGGUGAGACACGUGACACACUGGUGGCCCAGUGUGAGGCUUUGCUGGCGAAGAUGGAAAAGUACGCACUACCGAGUGUACCGUUGGCGACGAGUGAAGUUAAGAUUCUGGAGCAGGAAGAUGAGGAAGAAGGAUCUUAUCUCGACAUGAGUGGUAACAAUACGCCCAAGGUAAACGUAAGCUCGUCAACGUGCAGUAUCGACGGGACGAGGGAAGCGGAGAUCGAAAUGGAACCAACGAAUGCAGUGGAACCCGAACGGGAAGAACAUGAAUAUGAGUUGACCACCGAUCAGAUCCUUUACGAUGAGUGUCAACAGGAUCCGCCAGUGGAGGCUGAGGAGGAUGUGCUUCAGCCGCUACCAGAGUGUCCGCCUGCUCCGGAUGAUAGCCAAUGUCCUUAUGGUGGACUGCCGGCAUCCCAUUUGCGCUUGUUACAUUCGCCGAAACACGGUACAUUGUUUAAGCAGGAGAAGCGUUUGUUUUUCGAUCAGUUCAAGAAGUACUACGUGGGAUUGGUUGGCAAAUGGCUGCUAGUGUACAACAGUCACAAUGAUCUGAAACCGUGGCAGACGAUCUACAUCAAGAGCAUCAAGCUGGACCUGAGUUUGAACGAGCACAUCAAUGAGAAGCAUCUCUUCCAGAUCUACACGCAGAGUGACUCGAAGGUGCACUUUCUUUCGCCCAGCUUCCAGGAUCUGAACGAGUGGAUAGUGGCCAUCGAAAACAAUCUUAUCGAGGGGAAGACGAACGAACGGAUUGAGGGAUCCAAUGCCAACGGUACACCGCCUGGUGCGGCAUCGUUGAGAAAGUUGCCUUUACCCCCUUAUCCCGGGCAGUGCAACGAUGCCGUCGAUGAAACAGAUCAGCCCAUCCCGAGUCACGAGGACGGCAUUUACGAGGAACCAGCUCUCUGCCUGAAGAAUGAACAGCAAUCACCAUCAGCACCGAAAGAGAAGAGCCAUGGCUACGAUACACCGAAACCGGGCACUCCGAAGCCGGUUGAACAGGCGCCGAGUAUUAGUCCUUGUAAACCGGAAGCAGCGACCAAAAAACCGGAAGUACCUCCAAUCAGUAGCCCCGAGUGCAGAGUGGCGGUGGCUCCAGCUGUUUGCCCCAAACCGGCCAAAACGGGCUGGCUUAAGAACAAAUUCAAUCGAUCACCGAGUGAGACCGUUGAUGGGAAGCCGAACAAGAAAUCGAUGAAGAAAUUGUCGUUCGACGAGCUGCCGCUUCCGGGGGAUGUUCCGGAUACGAAGUCACCGACCAACAAGCAGCAGCCCACUCCGAAGUUUUCCCUCACGACAACGCCAACGAAUAAGGGGGCAAAGAUCAACAUGAUCAUUAGCCAGCUGGAGGCCAACGGGCAGUUGAAUUUGUUAUCCAAGCGCCUAAACGAAAGCAGCAAAAGGUACACGUGGGCGGUGGAUGAUGUGACUGGUUAAGGUGAUCUAAUUACCGGCAA